AUAAAUGUAUCGAAUAUUUAUAAGUGAUGGUUACAUUAAUAACACAAUCAACAACAAAGAGGAAGAGGAAGAGGAAGAAGAAGAGGAAGAGGAAGAGGAAGAAGAAGAGGACCACAAGGAUCUUGGUGUUGAUGAUAAGCUCUUGGGAAAAUGACAAUCCACAGAGGACAUGUCUGUUGUCAAAAUAACAGGUGUACUUCUUACAUUGAGUGGGUGGUCAAGAGGCCCAGGAGCUUUUCUCAGGUGUAAAGGCUGCUGCAGAUCUGUAGGACGGUGGAGUUUCCUGACACAAGCUGAGGCUAAGCUAGAAGGACCUACCUUAAGGUCCUUUGAGAUACCAGGAGUUGUUUCAAGAAAGCAUGGCACCAGUGACUCUGAGAAUUCAGAAGAAGGUGGUGUCUUUGUAAGUCCAGAGCCUGAGGAUACUCAGUCUCAAUGGCGAAUGAGGUUAAGAGAGACGGGCGAGUGAGCAGAGCCCCUCUGAAGAGCUACGUCCACGCAGAAGGAAGGGAAGUGAAAGAUGGAGAAAGGACACCACCAGCACAGUAGCCAGAUGGAUGCCAGUGAGGAACCCUUUGUCAUUCAUACUCCUCUUAUUAACAAACAAAAGGUCAAGGUAUGGGAAGCAUCACCCCUUCACCCCAGACACCCUCCCCACACCCCAGGCCCCACACACCCCUGGGGAGAGGCAGGAACACACCCCAAACAGCUGUCAUGUCUCAAAAUCAAAUCAAAGGGAAUUUUUGAAGACUUGGGGUUCAGACAGUGGUACCCCUGCUUCUCCCCCAACCCCACACCCCGGACGCCCCUCCAUGCCACCCCGUGGACACCCUGGGGGAGGCUGUCGCACCCCAUGCACCCCACACACCCCAUGAAUGCCGACAGUGGGUGCCCAGAGUUGCAUCACAAAACGCAAGCCUGGACCCAGUUGACUUCACACAGUCUUCUCAGCCCUCCCACAGCCUUUGACAGCCUCCCACAGUGCAUCACAGCCUCCUACAGCAUUGGAUGCCAGAACACAGCACACCAAUCCUUCCCACAGUGGCCAGAAACAGCACACAGCAAAAUGGUUAACCAGAAUGAACAGACACACGAACUGACACACAUAGACACAGCGCCAAACGCCAUAGAGCCAACGCACAGCAUCCCACAGCAGCCAGGGGGACAGCACAGCAUCACGGACUCCCCAGACACCCUCAGAACACCACAGCACACAGCACAGGAUGAAAUAUUAAGCUUAGCCUUUGCAUCACCUGUCAUAAACAGCACUGGGGGAGAUGACAGCACACAGUGGCACACAGCAGGGACCCAGGGACUAGUGAGGACUGAACAGCAAGCCACAGCAUCACCACACCCUGUGGAUGCUGUGAGGGAAGCAGGACGACCACACACAAGGCACAAGAUUGAGAAACGGACAGAAAGAGGAACCAUUAAUUCGAAGGAUCAUUUUAAAAACAAGACUCAUAACUUCUGCUGCUACUUCUGCUGCUACUACUGCUACUAUUACUGCGGCUACUGCUAUAGGGGGUGCAUCUGUGUCCUCCAGCAAUAUUUACCAGUGUAUCGAGACUUAGACAAGACUUCACCAUUAAACAAGAUGAAAAUCUCGGAACAGGGAAGGAGAAAAAUAACUCGGAGAACGAGAAGGACAAGAGGAAGGCGCGACACUGACACACAAACGCACACACACACACAAAACGGAAGCCACUACAGGCUUUAGACCUCUCAUGUGACUCUGGCAACAGUGAUCCCAGUGUUACCAAUCCCCUGUGUGACUCUAGGAGCGCGGACAGCCGGAAACAAGGGCUGGGGAGGCCGGGAGUGAGGUCAGGGGUCACAGGAGAGGGAAACAGUGCUCUUCCUCUUCCUCCUCGCUGCAGUUCAGGUCACCACAGCCUUGCCGCAGCCAGCCACACCCACCACGGGCCUCCACACACCCUCACGCAGCAGUGCCAAGGCUGGACACAGCACUGCACAGCCCAGAACAGUCUAUGCCUAAUUCUCUAGUCAUUUAUAUUCAGAAUUUAACCCCCCUUGUGAGGACAGCGACUACCACCACCACCACCACCAGCACAGCCAAGCAGAUGCAGACACAGAAGAAGGAUAAGAUCACAUGACCUCUCCCACACCCUUGACCUGACCAUGUAACUGGCCAGGACCAUACUGAGGCGAUCUGAGAGUCUCCUAACUUCUCUGCCCCAACCCAGCGGCAGAAAUAGCCCAAGAAGUAGCCCAAAUGUAGCCUGCCAUAAGAGAUAGCCCAGUAGCUAAAAAAAAUAGCCCAAAGAUUAGGUUGCCCAAAAAAUAGCCCAAAGAAUGUGGUUUUUUAUGUUUUAUUUAUUUAGUUUAUUUAUUUUAAUUGUAAAGGAAGUUAAGAAUUUUUUUUUUAAGUCAGUCAGUUCUCUAAGUCAAGAAAGGUGUGUGUCAGUCAGUCAGUCAGUCAGUCAGUCAGUCAGUCAGUCAGUCAGACAGACAGACAGACAGACAUACAGACAGACAGACUUAUGCCAUUGAGAAAAUGACAUUAAGCUCUAGGCUAUUAAAAGUAGAUUUGAUAUUUGAGAGAGAGAGAGAGAGAGAGAGAGAGAUAAUAAUUGUAGUAUGUGUGUGUGAGAAACAUGACUGCCUGCCCAGAUCCCCCUUUGAGGCAGCUGAUUGGUUGACAACUUGGUGCUUGUAUCUGAUUGGUCACCAUGACUUAGAUGUGACACGUGAUUGGUUGGAAUUACUACUGUUACUGUUAUUUUUAAGUUCUGACUAAGUGUAAUGGGAAAUGUUGUGUUUCUGAUAAGUUUUUGGUCAUUUUCAAGUUUGGCUGAGUUCUGACUAAGUUCUGAAUUUAAAUGCAUUUUUGUGAAGAUUUUUAGUCUAGGAAAGUUUGGCUAAUUUUUUUUUUUGAAGUUCUGAGUGAAAAUGUUGUGUUUCUGAUAAGUUUUUAAGGUCAUUUUGAAGUCUGGCCAAGUUCUGACUAAGUUCUGAAUUAAAAUAUUGUGUUUUUGUGAAGAUUUUUUGGUCUAGGAAAGUUUGGCUAAUUUUUUUUAAGUUCUGAGUCAAAAUGUUGUGUUUCUGAUAAGUUUUUUAUGUUAUUUUCAAGUUUGGCCAAGUUCUGACUAAGUUCUGAAUUAAAAUAUUGUGUUUUUGUGAAGAUUUUUUAUUAAGGAAAGUUUGGCUAUUUUUUUUUUAAGUUCUGAGUCAAAAUGUUGUGUUUCUGAUAAGUUUUUUAUGUUAUUUUCAAGUCUGGCCAAGUUCUGACUAAGUUCUGAAUUAAAAUAUUGUGUUUUUGUGAAGAUUUUUGGUCUAGGAAAGUUUGGCUAAUUUUUUUUAAGUUCUGAGUCAAAAUGUUGUUUCUGAUAAGUUUUUAAGGUCAUUUUCAAGUCUGGCCAAGUUCUGACUAAGUUCUGAAUUAAAAUAUUGUGUUUUUGUGAAGAUUUUUGGUCUAGGAAAGUUUGGCUAAUUUUUUUUAAGUUCUGAGUCAAAAUGUUGUGUUUCUGAUAAGUUUUUUAUGUUAUUUUCAAGUCUGGCCAAGUUCUGACUAAGUUCUGAAUUAAAAUAUUGUGUUUUUGUGAAGAUUUUUGGUCUAGGAAAGUUUGGCUAAUUUUUUUUAAGUUCUGAGUCAAAAUGUUGUUUCUGAUAAGUUUUUAAGGUCAUUUUCAAGUCUGGCCAAGUUCUGACUAAGUUCUGAAUUAAAAUAUUGUGUUUUUGUGAAGAUUUUUGGUCUAGGAAAGUUUGGCUAAUUUUUUUUAAGUUCUGAGUCAAAAUGUUGUGUUUCUGAUAAGUUUUUUAUGUUAUUUUCAAGUUUGGCCAAGUUCUGACUAAGUUCUGAAUUAAAAUAUUGUGUUUUUGUGAAGAUUUUUUAUUAAGGAAAGUUUGGCUAUUUUUUUUUUAAGUUCUGAGUCAAAAUGUUGUGUUUCUGAUAAGUUUUUUAUGUUAUUUUCAAGUUUGGCCAAGUUCUGACUAAGUUCUGAAUUUAAAUAUUGUGUUUUUGUGAAGAUUUUUGGUCUAGGAAAGUUUGGCUAAUUUUUUUUAAGUUCUGAGUCAAAAUGUUGUGUUUCUGAUAAGUUUUUAAGGUCAUUUUCAAGUCUGGCCAAGUUCUGACUAAGUUCUGAAUUAAAAUAUUGUGUUUUUGUGAAGAUUUUUGGUCUAGGAAAGUUUGGCUAAUUUUUUUAAAGUUCUGAGUCAAAAGGUUGUGUUUCUGAUAAGUUUUUUAUGUUAUUUUCAAGUUUGGCCAAGUUCUGACUAAGUUCUGAAUUUAAAUAUUGUGUUUUUGUGAAGAUUUUUUAUUAAGGAAAGUUUGGCUAAUUUUUUUUUAAGAUUGAGUCAAAAUGUUGUGUUUCUGAUAAGUUUUUAAUGUUAUUUUCAAGUUUGGCCAAGUUCUGACUAAGUUCUGAAUUAAAAUAUUGUGUUUUUGUGAAGAUUUUUUAUUAAGGAAAGUUUGACUAAUUUUUUUUAAGUUCUGAGUCAAAAUGUUGUGUUUCUGAUAAGUUUUUUAUGUUAUUUUCAAGUUUGGCCAAGUUCUGACUAAGUUCUGAAUUUAAAUAUUGUGUUUUUGUGAAGAUUUUUUAUUAAGGAAAGUUGCUAAUUUUUUUUUAAGAUUGAAUCAAAAUGUGUUUCUGAUAAGUUUUUUAUGUUAUUUUCAAGUUUGGCCAAGUUCUGACUAAGUUCUGAAUUUAAAUAUUGUGUUUUUGUGAAGAUUUUUUAUUAAGGAAAGUUUGGCUAAUUUUUUUUUAAGUUCUGAGUCAAAAUGUUGUGUUUCUGAUAAGUUUUUAAUGUUAUUUUCAAGUUUGGCCAAGUUCUGACUGUUAUAAUUGAAAGUAUUGUGUUUUUGACAAGAUUAUAAGUGUGAAAGUUUGUGUUAAGUUCAUUGCAGUGAAAGUUGAUGUGUAUACUUAAGUUAUUCACUUAUAGAAACUUAUAAGGGCAUAAAGGUUACAUUGAAAAAAUUAGAGGAAUAAAUGUUUACUUAUUUUGUAUUGUGAGAGAGAGAGAGAGAGAGAGAGGUCAGGUGCCUUCUAAUGAUAAUAAUAAUAAUAAUAAUAAUAAUAAUAAUAAUAAUAAUAAUAAUAAUAACUAGUAUUCAUACCAAAAUAUCCAUCCAUAGAAAAUAUUCAUGUUUUUACUAUUAUUAUUAUUAUUAUUAUUAUUAUUAUUAUUAUUAUUAUUAUUAUUAUUAUUAUUACUAUUAUUAUUAUUGCUGCUGCUGCUACUACUACUACUACUACUACUACUACUACUACUACUACUACUACUACUACUACUACUACUACUACUACUACUACUACCACCACCAAACACCACCAAUACACUCCCACCACUACCACCACUACUACUACUACUACUACUACUACUACUACUACUACUACUACUACUACUACUACUACUACUACUACUACUACUACCACCACCACCACCACCACCAAACACCACCAAUACACUCCCACCACUACCACCACUACUACUACUACUACUACUACUACUACUACUACUACUACUACUACUACUACUACUUUUUCCAUGCAAUUAGGCAUAUUAGGAUCAUCAUCAGUAGUAGCAGUAGUAGGCCUAGUCAUUACACACAAUAAUUCAUAAUAAACUUGUAUAUAUAUUUUUCUGCAUAUUUCAAUUUCUUAUUUUAUUUAUUCCAAUGAUUUUAACUAAUACACUCCAUGUUUAGACCUAUGUGUGUGUGUGUGUGUAUGUGUUAGGUGACCCAGCAUGACCUCUCAUUGUGACCUCUGCUGUUUGAGUCAAGUCUGGUGAGAAAUUGAUGUACACUAGCAUUGAAACCAUUGGAGAUUCAAAUAAGCUAGGCAGUGUUGUGUUGUGUUCGGGGUGUUCGGCUAAGAAUUAAAAUUGUGUUUCGGAUAAGCUGGCCAGUGUUGUGUUGUGUUCAGGGUGUUUGGCAAAGGAAAAACUGUAUUUGGGAUAAGGUGUGUGCAUUUUUGGGUAUUUGGUGUAGGGUAAACUUGUAUUUUGGGUAAACCAGCAGAAUAUUGGAUAAAGUUGUGUUUGUGAUGAAAGAAAUUGUGUGUAGAAUAUUUAGGUGAAAGAUAA